AUGGCUUUACCGGUUCAGGGUAGAACUGCCAUCGUUACUGGCGCAGGAUCCGGCAUCAACCUUGCAUUUGCCAAAUUACUGCUAGAAAAUGGUUGCAACGUUUUGAUCGCAGACUUGAGCCUGCGCCCCGAAGCUCAGGUGCUCGUGGACAAGCACCAGGCUGGACCUGUGAGAGCUGUAUUCCAAAAGACGGAUGUGACAGACUGGCCACAAUUGGAGCGGAUGUUUGAAGUUGCAGAGAAGGAGUUCAAUGAGAUCGAUAUCGUCUGUCCCGGUGCGGGGGUCUACGAACCGCACUGGAGUAACUUCUGGCGUCCUCCUGGUACUGCACCCAGCAAGGACUCCGGCGGUCGCUAUGCCCUGGUGGAUAUCAAUAUCACACACCCUAUCCGCACGACACAGCUGGCGAUUGCUCAUUUCCUGCGCCACCGUGAGAACGGUCGUCCCAAGCACAUCGUCCAUAUCUCCAGUAUUGCUGGACAGAAUUCUGCAUUUGCAGCCCCGAUCUAUGUGGCGACGAAACACGCCAUCAACGGCCUGGUACGAUCACUUGGUAAACUCGAGAGACUGGGUAUCCGAGUCACCGCCGUGGCGCCCGGAGUGAUCAAGACCCCUCUUUGGACAGAUCACCCGGAGAAGCUGAAGAUGGUGUCGGACAGUUCCGACGAGUGGGUGACUCCCGAGGAGGUUGGCGAGGUGAUGCUGGCCCUUGUGCAGCAGGAGCAAGUGAGCGAGGUCAUUGGCGAUCGGUCCGGAAAGGGCAAGCAGUUCACCGUGUCUGGAGGUAACAUCUAUGAGGUCUCCAAGACAGUUCGACUGGUAAAUGCGUUCAACGAUGAGGGGCCCGGCAAUCGGCCGGGAAACACUGCGUCCGACCACGCAACGGUGGAGGAGGAGAGUUUCGGACUUCUGGCGCAACCGGGAUGGGGACGAUCCAAGCUGUGA